AUGUCAAACCAUCUAUUCUGCUGCAGCGCCAUCCAACCAAAAAAGCUCCCAAACCCAGAGCACGAACAAACCUUCACAGAAUUCACAAAAUGGGCCCUGAGCACACCCGAAACUUCAAUAGGAUCCAUCGAUCCCUCCGAAUCAAGCGUCUGCAUGCAGCUCAUACAACGUGCCAAAAGAGGACCGAUAGAGUCCAUCCAGUACUUCGUCCCAAGCGAUACAGACGGGAAUUUCGAAGAAGUAUCCACAUACGACAUUGCAGAUGCGAAUUUCGAAAAGAUUCACGAACGCAAGAUCCUCCGAUGCCACGAGCAUCGUCGAGUCUAUGAUCUUAAUAUAUACGAACCGAGCACGGGGAGCUCGCGUCGUUGGAGAGAUAGUGUAGCGAAACCGCUCAAGCACCUUGAGAAUGCAGCCAAGCAGAAAAUGCCUGGAUCUGCAUCUGGAUCUGGAACGAGGCCGGGGUCGGCAUCAAGACCAAAGCCUGUGCUGGAAUCUGGGUUCGAACAACAAGCUAGCUCGGAUCAUGGAUACGACUCUGAGUGGGGAUUUGAGUUAGGAUAUGGUUGUGGACAUAGUUGGGGAUCUGAGGGUUCCGACAAGCAUGUGCCGUCUUCAAUUAUUGUUGAGACUGGGUCUAUGGAUUCUGAUUGUGAUUGUGAUGGAGAAGACCAAGACCAAGAUCCUGGGGUGGCUCCUGAUGAUGGGACUGAAGAUAUCAACCAAAACAGCGACAAAGACCAGCCUGUGUCAUCUUCGCUUCGACUUGAGACUCGAAAUACUUCCCAUGAUGAAGACAGUGGGAGUCAGAGCUACUUGCAUAUUGAGGACCAUGGUUGUUAUUAUUCUGGGCUGUCUUCUUAUGACUAUGGCAACUAUGACUGCGAUGAAGGGUACGAUUACUUGUUGUUUGACUAA